CUUCUUAAUUUCUUUCUCUGUGUCUGGUCAGUUUUUUUUUUCCUUUUUUUUCUGAAGCUUAGGAAAAUGAAUCCAAGGCUUUCAGAGGCCAUUUUGAGAAAUGAUAUACUUGCCUUUAAAAGAUUAGUUCAACAGGAUAAAAGAGUUCUUGAACAAAGAUCAGCUAUUUCCUUGGACUCAACAUUGCACCUGGCUUCAAGAUUAGGCCAUAAUGAAUUGGUCGCUGAAAUUGUUAAGUUUCGUCCCGACUUUGUUGCAGCAGUGAAUAAGAGGCAGGAGACUUCAUUGCAUGCAGCUUGUCAUCAAGGGAAUUUUGAGGUCGUAAAGUUGCUAUUGGAGACCGAUCCUUUGGCGGCUACUAAGCUCAACCAUGAAAACGAGAGCGCCUUUCUAAUUGCUUGUAGAGAAGGGCAUCUCGGUGUGGUGAAGCUUAUGUUGAACCAGUCCUGGUUGAUGGAAGUUGAAGAGGAUGCUGCAGCUUAUUCAACUCCUCUGCAUGUGGCCACCUUGAGAGGCCACAAUGAUAUUGUAGAGGAGAUACUGGAAAUGAGGCCUAAUUUCGCUCAAAAAACCAACAAGAAUGGAUUUUCUCCAUUGCACUGUGCUUGUAGCAAAGGACAGCUUGAGAUAACGAAACUGCUAUUGAGCUCCGAUCUAGAUCUGGCUAUGCAAUAUAAUAACCAUGGCUACACACCAUUGCACCUGGCAGUGAUCAAUGGUCAUUUAGCAAUCCUUGAAGCAUUCGUUUUUAGUUCUCCCAGUUCGCUUCAAUGUCUUACAAAAGAUGGGGAAACUGUUCUUCAUCUUGCUGUUAAAUUCAACAGAUAUAAUGUGAUCAAACGUUUGGCACAGGUUCCUGAUUUCUCUCAUCUUCUCCACCAGCAAGACCAGGAUGGUAACAACAAACUGCAUCUUGCAUUCUCCAGAGGAGAUCAUCAGCACGCGAAGUACAUCUUGAACUCAACAGUAGACAUUGAUUGUCGGAAUGAUAAAGGACAAAAAGCUUUGGACAUCCUUGAACUAGCUGGAAUAGAAACAAAGAACAAGCAACUCAAACAAAUGUCAAGCACGGCAAGUGAUGAUCGGACCAUGGAAUUGUCAUCUGUUUUGCCAAAGCCUGAAAAUCUCAAUUCUGAAGAAGCUCAGAAAGUUGAAAACUCUGAUUCUGAAGUUCAAACACUUGAAGACCCCAAUCCUGAAGAAGUUCAGAGACUGGAAAAUUCCAAAGACGCAAUUGAGGAAAGAAUCAGAAGUCUUCUUCAGCAUAGGAGUCAUCAGAAAUUAAGAAUGAUAACAAACCGAAGUAGAACCUUGCCAACUGAAAUGCCAUUACUUUCAGUGGAGGUUGAUAAUUUGCAUACUCAGAAUAUUACAUCAAAAAGUCUCAGAGAUGUGCCUGAAAAGAAAUUUGUGAAUCAUUAUGAGUCUAGGAGAUAUUCAUGUAAAAGUGUUGCUAAAAAAUCAAAUGACCAGCCAACAACUGAUGUUGGAAUGAAUCAGGGAGUUGAUGCUUUCAAUCAAGUUGAACUUGGAUCCUCGCCGCCAACCCAAUUGCAUCAACAUAAGAGUGCAAUCCAAACACGAAGGAAAGAAAUGAGUGAGCUCCACAAUCACCGCAAUAAGCAAUAUGAGAUUCAUAAGGAAGCAGUACAAAAUGCUCGAAACACAAUUGUGCUAGUAGCCAUUCUAAUUGCCACGGUUACUUUUACUGUUGGGUUGAACCCACCUGGUGGGUUCAAUCAAGGAGGAACAGGUAAAGGGCAAGCAGCAGUUGGCAGAAAAAUGGCAUUCAAGAUCUUUGUAAUAAGUAACAGCAUUGCAUUGUUCACAUCCUUGUGCAUUGUAAUUAUCCUGGUGAGCAUAAUCCCGUUUCAGAGGAAAAAACUAAUGAGGCUGAUGAUGAUCGCUCACAAAGUCAUGUGGAUCGCUGUGUCUUUCAUGGCAACAGCAUUCAUCUCAGCGACAUGGGUGAUCAUGCCACAUGCUCACAGAACAGGAUGCAUGCUUGAAGUUAUCUUGGCCAUUGGUGCUGGGAGCAUGGCAACUGUGUUUAUCUAUCUGGGAAUUGAGUUAGCUAGACAUUGGUUAAGGAAGUCGAAAUGGAAGAGGCAUAAAGAUAGAAAAACCAAGAUUGUGGCUGUUUGUAUAGAAGACGAAUCACAACCUGAUAAAUCCAUCACUGGAGCAAUCCAGCCUCAACCUGUGCAAUUCAACAAUGAGGGAGGCACCCAAUCAGAAUCCUCCAAUUCGGAUGUUGAUAGUUCAAAAUCCUUCGGGUAUCAUACAUACUAAGGAAAUAGAUAAUGUUAAAUUACCAGUGAA